AUGGAUUCCCACAACCAAACACAGGGGAUGGAAUUUGUCUUCCUGGCAUUCUCCAUAUUCCAGAGACACCACAUCCAUUUUUUCUUGGUGUUCCUGGCUGCCUAUUUGGUCACCCUGCUGGGCAACUUCAUGAUCAUAACCUUAAUUCUCCUGGAUUCCCGUCUCCACACCCCCAUGUACUUCUUCCUCAGCCAACUCUCCUGUAUAGACAUUUGCCUUUCUUCUGUGGUGGUACCAAAGAUCCUGGUGAACCUUCUGCGCCAGCAGCACACCACUUCCUACCACCAAUGCCUGGCACAAGCCUUCUUCCUGAUUGGGUUUGGGGGAUGUGAGCCAGCACUGCUGGCUAUCAUGGCUUAUGACCGCUAUGCUGCCAUCUGCCAACCUUUGCACUAUGCCCACCUGAUGAGGGGCGAGCUGUGCGUCCAGCUGUCUGUGGCCAUUUGGCUCUGGGGCUUCCUGGACUCAGCUAUCUAUGCUGCUCUGGCCUCCAGGUUGGAUUUCUGUGGAAACCACCAGAUUCUUCACAUCUGGUGUGAUAUUCCUCCGCUACUGAAAAUUGCCUGCAGCGAUACCCAGGUCAAUAAAUUGGUCAAUCGCAUCACCAGCUUCUUGGUUGGCCUUACUCCCUUCCUCUUCAUCAUCCUGUCCUAUUUCUGUAUUUUAGCCUCCAUUCUCCGGAUUCCCUCCAACACUGGCAGACGCAAAGCCUUCUCCACUUGCGCAUCACACAUCGCUGUGGUAACUCUUUAUAUCGGAAAUGGGUUUCUGAACUACAACAAGCCAAGUUCUGGCUACUCCCUAGAAAGCGAAGCCCUGAUUUCUAUCAUGUUUUGUGUUGUCACCCCCAUGCUGAACCCCUUAAUCUACAGCCUCCGCAACAAGGAGGUGAAGGAAGCUAGGAGGAAGCUUUUCAACAGCUGGAGAGCAGCGUCCUCUUCAUUUUGA